UUAAUCGUUGAUGUUGGACUUCUUGUUGUUGGCGCUUGGCAAGUGGCUUAUAGUCUUUUAACUUAUCUGAGGCUGGUAAGAGUGAUCCCUUUUUCUUUUAUAACAGAUAUUCUUAGUAAAGUACAAAAUGGCUCAUUUUUUAGCCAAAGAAUAAAAAACUGGUGUGAUCGUCGUUCGUGUUAAAGUUUUAAACUUAAGCUUUUGUAAGACCCUCGUGUAAGCUUAUGUGACACCAGCUUUAUAUUUAAUCGAUAUUUUCCUCUAAAGUACAGUAGGUUUUAUUCAGAAAUGCUUCUGGUAUUCAUGGUCUUGCUAUUUUGACGGUAAUUUUAUUGGAGCGAUUGUGAAUAAUCUUAGUUGAGAAACUGCUCCCGCAGUCCCUGUGAUGCUCGAUAUACCAAGUCAAUACAGCCGAACCUCCCGUAAGCGACCACCUAAAAUGCAAAGAUUGAGUGGUCGCUUACGGGAGUUGGUCGUUUACAAGAAUCGAACCACAGGGGAUCUCUUACGAGAAGCGGUCCAGGCACAUCUACUUUAUGGAACAUAAUCUGUUGCAUGCAAUGUCUAAGCAUAGUUGUCACUAAAGUUCUUUGUAUAUUAUAAGUAUCAUAGUGAACACAGCAAACAUAGAGAUCAGAGAAUGCAUCAAGUGGUCGCUUACAAGAGGUUAAAAACAAUGGAAAAUCUUCAAUUGUCAGGCCCAAAAAGUGGUCACGGGCGCUUACAGAAGGUGGUCGUUUUACUUUACUAGAGGUUCCAACUGUAAGGCUUUGACUGGGAAAAUUAUGGUGUUUUGGAUUGGUGGUCGCUUAUUGCAGGUGGUUGCUGAUGAAAGGUGGUUGCAUAUGGAGGUUUGACUGUAUAGAGUAUAUUAUGCACUAUGUGUCGAUCUAUCGUGUGAAGUUUAUUGUAUUAUUGUGUAAAGGGCAGGGAUCAUUCUUGUGUUCUUUGUGACGUAACUCAAGACUUGCUAUUCACUUGGUAUAUGGUGCACUAGCCCACAGUCCCACACUCCUGCAGUGGCUGAAAUGUGAAUAUUAAGUGCUUCUACAACUAGUGCUACCGCAGUCCUGCAGUCCCGCACUCCCACAGUCAAUAUCAAGUAACAAGUAGGCUUAUAGGAUACUAGUGCUCCCGCAGUCCCGUAGUCAAUUUCAGGAUUUAUUAUGCAAAUCGGAUGACUGCAAGACUGCAAGAGUAGUUUUUUAAGUUACAGUACUGCUCAAAAGUAAGGUGACAGUCACUCGCAUCUUGAUCUUUGAGACUUAAUGAGACUCAAUUCUUGAUUCUCGAAACCUUGGAGAAUCGAGUUUUGAGUCGCGAGAAUCGAUUCUUGAGUUUCGAGAAUCGAGAGUCGAGUCAAGAAAUAAUGAGCUUGUCACUUGACUGAUCUCUUGAGGAACUAAUUCGUCAAACAGACCGCAGUCUGUUACUGCGGACUGCAAUAAAUGGCUUUUGCAAUCCUUGCUACUCCUGUGAUGAAGCAAAAUUUGCGCUUUUGAAACGUAUCCGUGCACAAAGGAUGAGUUGAAUGGCUGACAAAAUUACCCGCUUGUACUGCGCUUUUGAAACAAAAAAGUAACAUUUUGGUUGUCGGCCCUGGCUAAAAAUUACCGCCGAGUGAGUUUCAAGUCUCGAGCCGAGACUGUCAAAUUGCUUUUGAGCGGUACUGUAGAAUGAUGUUAAGUGGCCAGGUUUUCUGAAAUCUAGCCAAUUUAUUAUGUUUAUUUUUAAGGAAGUGAUGAAGUACCGAAGCACACGAGGAAAGGUAGAAGCCACAUCAUUUGAAGAUGUGCUUUUCAGCGGUUAUGCCAGUGAUGGUGGAUUGUUUAUGCCGGAGAGUAUUCCAGUUGUUGAUAAGGCCAUCCUGGAGAAGUGGAGAGGACUUUCAUAUUUGGAGCUAACUAAGGAGGUGAUGUCCCUGUUUAUUCCUUCUGAGGAAAUCAGUACUGAAGACUUGAAUGGUAAGCUUCUUUUUUGAGGAAAAUUCAGGGUGCAAAGAAAGUCAAUUUUACAGCCUGCUAUUCGGGCAAGCUGUAGCUAGCAUGUACUAGCCCACGAGUCAUUUCAACUAGCCUAAAAACCCUUUCUGAUUAGCAGGAUUGAUUACAAUCCUUCUGUAAUUUGAAUUUCCCCAAAAAAGAGCACUUGCCUGUCGGGCAAGUUAAGAACAAAAAUCACUAGCCCAAUAGCAAAAUCCACUAGCCCCGGGCUGUCAGACACCACUUUCUUUGCAUGUUGAAAAUCUGAUCAUUAUGAGAUUCUGAGAAACUUUCUGACCUACCCCUCCCCUAACCAAAUGUUGACACUUAAAUUCUUUCUUAGGACAAAAUGUUGUGUUAGGGGAUGGGUAGGUGGACAGUUCCCUUAAGGAAAUCUUAAACUGAUCCAAACCAAGAAUGGUUAAAAUCUGUAAAACAGCUGCCUUUAAGGUGCUCUUGUCUGUUGCCUGAGAAAACAACCAAUAUUUUGCAAUGCGUUCACUGUUUUCCUCAUGAAAUGAUGUCUGAGGAAUGAGCGCACAAAUUCCAUACUGAUGACUUGUCACUACCCAGAUCUGGGUAGUGCGUCCGAUUGGAUGAGGGAAAUUUUCAGACGAUUAGAAGCACUACCCUGAUCCGGUUAAAGAUGGUCAUCAGUGUGGAGUUUCUGCGCUCAUUACUCAGACAUCAUUUCACAGGGAAACCAGUAAUUGUGUUAAAAAGCUGUUGUCUCAGGCUAUUAAGCUCUUGCUACUUAGUUUUGAGUCCUAAUGUACUCCUAGGAGGGUAAUAAUAAUGAUAAUAAUAAUAAUAAUAAUAAUAAUAAUAAUAAUAAUAAUAGUAGUAAUUUAUAUAGCACUAUUCAGCUACUCUUUCAUAGUGCUUAGUCAGGGUGAUUAGUCAGGGUGCAAAGAAAGUCUUGGACAAAUGUUGGAUUGCGGUUGCUGCAAGCAACAUUCACAUGAAAACGAGUCAAGAACAGAAAUAAGAUGCGAACCAUUCAUUCGAGCUGUUUUCAUCUUAGAUAAGAUAUGCUCGUAUAAAUGGUACAGUUUGUAUCUUAUUUAAGACGUGUCUUAUUUUUGCUUGUGUAAAUGGUCCUGUUGUAACAAGCCUGAAAAAUGUUUUUAAUGAGCAGGAUUGAUUACUGUUUUUCUGUGAUUUGAACUCCAUGUUAAGAACAUAAUUCAGUAGCCUGAUAGCAAAAUCUACUAGCCUAAGGUGGGGUUUAAACGUCGAAUUUCACAUGUGCCGAACUUAAUGUGAGAGUUAAAUGCAUGACUUUUUAAAUUAAAUACGACGUUUGCCGUAUGUGCGACUGAAACAUUCGAAGAUUUGACUUCAGUUUGACUUUUGACUUAAACGUCGUAUUUUACAUGUGCCGAACUUAAUGCAUGAAUUUUGGUAAGUUAUUUUAUUACUGGGAAUAUUAACUGCGAGCAGAGUUAUGACAGAGUUCAGAGAGUUAAAUUUGAUGUUUCAAUCAAAUGCCGUAUUUAACUAUUUUAGUCCACUAAAAUAGGAAUUAAGUUUGGCACAUGUGAAAUUCGACGUUUGAACUGGGCCUUAGGCCAUCAGACAUGCCUUUCUUUGCAUGCUGAUAAUACUGUUGUAUGAUGGGUUACCUCUUAGAGUAGGCACAAGUUAUGUAAGCCCAGAGGUGUGCAAAAUAAAUUAUUAAACUAGCAACAUGAGCAAGUGCACUUGGUUACAGUUCUUAUCCUUAACAACAACAAUGGCAUUUAGAUUUGUACUGCAAGUUGCACAAAUAAGAAAUACAGCAUAUGGAAUUAAAAAUAACAAACAGUAAUGGAACACCAAGAAUAACUACACCUGUACAAAGCUAAUCUAGGUGGUGACAAUUAUUUAUGAAAUCCCAAAACUGUGAAAGAGCAAAGCAUAUUUCCUUGGUUGAUCAUUUUAUUAGAUCUCAUAACAUUUUCCUUGAUGCUGUAUUGAUUUUGUUAGGAGAAAAUUGAUGUUAGUCACUCUUUGGAGUUAAAGGGUUAGUGAAUAAGCACCUUAAAUCUAUACUUCUAUCCAUGGCAUGUGCAUGCCUAUAGCUGAUAGCUCAUUAUGAUAUAGCUGUGCUAUCUAUAUAUCUCAUGUUGUUGUUUGCAGACUUGAUCAACAAAGCAUUCUCAGAAUUUGGACACAGAGACCUUCUUUCCAUAGCAAAAGUCAACAAUUUUCAUGUGCUGGAACUAUUUCAUGGCAAAACUCUUGCAUUUAAAGACUAUGCUCUUGUCAGUGUUGGCAUGUUCAUGGAUUUUUUUCUGAAGAAAAAGAAGAAGAACACAAUUGUUCUUGUGGGAACUUCUGGAGACACUGGUAGUGCAGCCAUAGAAAGUGUACGCAGAUCAGAAUGGAUCGACAUCAUUGUGCUGUUUCCUAAAGGACGUGCCAAUCAGAUGCAAGAGCUACAGAUGACAACAGUAACGGAUUCGAAUGUUCAUGUGUUUAGCACAGAGGGGACGUCAGAUGAUCUCGAUAAACCAAUAAAAAAUUGUUUUUCUGAUCAUGAAUAUGCAGAGACCAAUCAUCUAUCUUCAAUUAAUUCAAUAAACUGGUGUCGUAUUAUGGCACAGCUUGUGCAUAUUUUCUAUGCUUACUUUCAAGUCUGUCAAGAAGUCGGAGACACUGUGAAGUUCAUUAUACCAACAGGGGCCCUUGGACAUUGUACAGGUAAAUAACUCUUUUAAUGUAGUGCAAUUCAGGGAUGUCGCUAAGGCCCAAUUCAAAUGUCAAUAUUUCAUGUAACGAACCUAAUCUCCUCAACUGAGUACAUGCAAAGAUCGAUGUUUGAAUGAAUAAAGUCCAAUUAACAUAUCUAAUUUGGAUCAACCCAUGAAUUAAUUCUAGUAAACAAAAAGUUUGACGUUUGAACUGGGCCUAAAAGCUGGCUGUUGGCUGAUUUCACGUGCUGAAAAAGACCUUACCACCGGCUCAAAUUGUUCUUGCAAACAAAGACAUUGCAAGGCUUGGAAAAGAGUCCUGUCUGCUAGUCUGGGACAAGUAGAUUUUCUUGCUGGGCAGGUACUGUGUGGCACAAAAUUGUUGCGGGAUUGGCAAUUUUUUUAGGUUUUGCAGGAACUAAUUUGUUUGAUUAGGCCAGAUUAGUUUUUCUUGCUGGGAAUUAAGUUUUUCGAUUUUCAGAAAGACGGUAUGCGUACCUUAUGUAAAACCAGUAAUUCACUCUAUACCGUUUUGCUUGCGAAUGAAAGAGGCAAGUUGUAAUUAGUACUUUAUUUUUGUGUAGUGAAUUUAAGUGAGAGAAUAUUUACUCUGGAGUAGUUUUCUGCGGGAAAAAUGUUUUUGCGGUAACUUUUAUUUGCAGGAGCUUAUUUUCGCUGGAAAAAUCACGAAAAUUAGAACCCGCAAAAAUAAUUUUGUGCCACACGGUAACUUUUGAAGCUCCCUGGCCCGGUGCACAAGGGGCCAGGCAAGUCAUUCUCUAAUAAAAUUAAACAUGUACUAAAACAAGGAAAGAGUGGCCCCAGGCAAGCGAAAUGUGAGAGUUGCUUCCCCAAAGGACAAGCUGGAAUUAAAGGGUUUUUUUGAGCCCUGUAUGGGGUAAUAGGGAGCUUUAGCACCAAUGACGGCAACGGCAGCCAAAACAUCACUUGUAAAACGAAUCCUUGCUUUUUCAAACUUUGUCGCGUCUGUUCCAAUUCACUGAAAAUGUCAAAUGAAGGCGAAUUUUCCUAGAGUUGAUUUUGUAGGGGACAGUACUCAAGUUUAAAAAGAGAAAGAAAAAUUUUGUUGGCGCUUGUUUACGUCUUUCAUAAAAAUGUGAAAUUAGGUAUUUUUAUGUCAUAGUUGUGCGGUGACAGCAACGAAAUGUACAGGAAAGUGUGAUGCAUGUGCAAAGUUGUUGUUUUGCUUAAAAAGGCUAUUGCUUUUUUGCUGUUUUCAUUGCCGUCACCCUCAUCAUUGCUAAAGCUCCUUAUUUUCGAAGGUGCAGUUGAGCAAAAGGCUGGCUUGACUCUGCCUCAUCCCCAGUCACUUGCGAUCACUUUUUGGGCAAUAUUUGAAUUAAUUAUUAUUUAUUAUUAUCACUCCCUGCUCAUUCUGUUCAUCCCCCUCUCAUGCUUCUCGCUUGUCUCUGGCUCUUGCGUGUUCCCCACUGAGCCUUGGGAAAGCUUGUCGAGGAGACAGGGCUUGACUAAUAACAAAGCCUGCUUAGCUUUUCCUAAGCUACAUCCCUAUUAUGAAUUCAUAUAACGUAGUUUGACUAACUCUUAGGCCGGUUAAUGAAAAUCCUAUGGUGUGACCAAUCUAACAAAACCUCUUCAGCAGUGCUUUGACAUGGUGCUUCUUAGAUUUCUAAUCAGUAUUUUGCAAAUCAUAAUUUUUUUACUCCUCCUGAUUUUUGUUUUGGCUGAACUCUCAAAUACUUAAUCAGCUGCCUGCCACUCUGAGAAGAGAAGUUACAGAAAUGUACAAUCCAGGCCAAUUUUAGAAGGAUUUGUAUGGAGUCGUAACAGCAUAACAGCGCUGCGUUACAUCUUCCUACCAAUUUUUAAUUACCGUAACUGGUUGAUUUUUGGUAAAGGUGCUUUUUCAUCAUCUAAUUUCCUAAUAUGCCAAACAAUCCUAUAAAUUCACAAAUUUGAAUUUUUGUGUUGUCACACUUCUUGACUCUGUUGUAUACAAAUACUAAAGUAGGGGCACAUCCAGAAAAUCCAGAGAGGGGUGGCCAAAACACUUCCCAGCUAUAUACAUACUAUUUAUUUACUGAGUUUAUUUUUAAAUAUUUUAAAUAUUUUAAACAUUUUCUAUUAUUUUUAAAAAAAUAAUAGAAAAUGUCGUAGGCAAAGGAGUGACCAAGGUCUUCUCUGCCAGCCCCUAAAUCCGCCCAUGUAAAGAAUUGAGUUUUUGUAGUUUGUGUUACAGAAUAAAUGACUUUAACAUUAGGUCUACGACUCACAAUAUUAAUUUUUUGUGUUAUUUCAUUGUUUUCUACAGCGGGUUUGUUGGUGCAUAAAAUGGGUCUCCCUGUGGAACUUGUUUGUGCUGUCAAUGAGAAUGAUAUUGUUCACCGUGCAGUCUCCACUGGAGUUUUCUCUAUGUCAGAAGUGGUCCAACAAACCUGGUCAACUGCUAUGGACAUUCAGGUAACGUUAUCAUUAUUUUGUCUUUGAGUCUAAGGGAGCCAGAGCCCUCGAGAGAGUUAACGGUUUGCGGCAAGGAUGGACAUAAAUUAAAACUUAAAAAAAAUUGGACCAACUUUUUCAAGCUUUAUUAUUGCUAUCCCAUGGGGGAUACUCUGGAUUUCAAGUGACAGGGGUGAUCGAAAGGGGGCAAAAAUCAAAACGCAAAAAAAUCCCAAGGGCUUCGAACAAAACCCAAAAAACCCCUAGACCAAAAUUUAACAAAAAAAAAUCCCAUGCUGAAUUUCCGAGCCAUAAAAAUUUCCAAAGAGCAUUAAAUGAAAUAACUAUCACGAAUCUUCAAAUUGUUUUGAAUACCCCAAAAUAAUCCUUACUAAAUCAAGCUGCCCCAAAAAAUACUUGCCAAUAUGUUAUGACCCAAAGAAAUCCCGAAACUGAAAAUUUCAAACCGAAAAAAGUCCUUCGAUCAUCCCUUUCACUUGAAAUUCGGAGUACCCCCACCCCCCCUCCCCCCAGGAAUGCUAUUCCUGCAAAAAUCACCCAAAAAUUAUUGUGGUAAGUGCUCCCUGAUGAAAUUUGUUUGAGAUCUCCUUUGUCACUCUUCUGGAACAUUUUCUGUAUAGUGAGUAGAGGCACCAAUGCAAAAGUUGUCCUAAAACAGCGAUAUCCUAUCUCGUGACAUCAGCCCAUUUAUAUAACUACUGCGGCGAAAGAAAUGACAACGUUAUAAGAACAAAACAUUUAAUGGGCAAAAGAACUCUGCACAGACAGUUGAAUCUCUCGACAACGGCUUCCUUGGGAACAGAAGAAAGUGUCCAUUGUAGAGAGGUUGAAACAAGAGUCAAUGUAUGGACUGUCCGCCAAAAAAAAUGGCCGUUGCGGAGAGUUGGCCGUUUGUCGAGAUUCGAGGGUACAUGUCACUUUUUUAUAAACCUGCACAACUUUAAGGUUCAGAUUCUUGAUGCGACGUUCUAUGCAGGAAGUGAACACACAACGGCGAGUUUUCCUUUUAGGUUUCUCUUUGAAAUUGAUCGCGGCGCCUUAUGUAUUUGCACUAUAAGAAAAUAUUACGUACAUUUGGAAAAUUGAUCGAGUUCAAAUAAUCGCGACGAGUUAACACGAAUUCACUUUACAGAUGAUGCUUUCACUGAAGCCGUCGACCUCUAUGCUUAAACCGCCAGCAAAAACAAUUUGGGUCUAAAAUUUUUGAAUUGAUAGCCAUUCUUAGUCUCUGUGUCGUUUUUUCAUAGGUUCCGUAUAAUUUUGAACGCCUGUUGCUCCUCUCCUCUGAUAUGAACUACGCUUUAGUCGACUCCCUGAUGCAAGAAUUUGAGCAGAAUAAUUCUUUGAAAAUGCCAGAAGACUUGAGAAAUAAGGUAAGAAUUUUUUUGUGCACCUCACAAGAGGUGUGCUGUUUUUUGUCUUCGGUUAGCCAGUGGUUUUAGAUACCAUAAAAUCUGAAUAUAAGCCCUGGAUUUAUGGCCAAAUUGUCUACUUUUUUGACUCUCUGAUACACCUCAUACACAGUGAAAAAUAUUUUAAAAACUAGAAUACCUUUUAGCCUUUAUUAACUUUUCACUUUGACAUAAUUAUUUAGCAUUAGACUCGCCUGCAAAUAGCUAAAAGCUCAUCCCUGCAAACUAGACUGUACACAAGAAAAUUUUGUUACAUGAAUACACAUUUUUAUACAAUGAAUGUGCAUUUUGCUACCACGUAUGAACGUAUCACACUUCAUAUUUUUUUUCAAUAUGUAAAGAGGAAAGCUACAAACAAAAAUUGUCGCAACGUGCAACGUGACUGUUACGCUUGAAAGAAAUACUCCAAACUUCAGCAGGGCACCUUUUCAAGAACGAUUGUUAUACAUUGUAGGCACUAUAUGUCUUCUCAUUGGCUGAGAGCCUACAGUUAAUUUUGGAAAUCAGCGCAACCUACGGGUUAGUUAGUUAACUGCUAGUAGAUUAGUGACUAAUCUGUAGGUUGCGCGCACAAUGCAUGAUUUCAAAGAGCAGUAUCAAAAUAAAAACAAUCCAAUAAUUGUUUAAAAAUACACGACCAGCUCGCUAUCAUAAACUACAGUAGUGGGUGAGUUAAGUUGAGCAAAGUGUUAGACGAGAUGACAGUUAGCCUGGGAGCAAGUUUCGAAGUUACGUGAGUGGAAGGUAACACGCGAGUGUGUCACGAAAGAUUAGGUCCUUCUCACGCCCUCGCGUGCCUCUCUUCGCUGGCCGCUAAAGAUGGACUCUUUGCGCCACGGGAUUGCAAUAGAUCGUUUUCACAUGACGUCACGACGGCCAUAUUUGUGUACAAAACAAUGGAUCGGCGGUCAUGUCUGAGCACAAAAAAAAAUUCCUCUAGGAAUUGAACUCUUUUCACAUGUUAAACCUUUCUUUUAUUCCAAGCAAUUUGCAAAGCUGCUGACCACGUGACUGAAAACGAUCAAUUGAAAGUGGACAGCUUACUUGGAGACUAGAUGACAGCAAGCAAGUUCACACAUCGGCGAAUUGACCGGUUUCCAAACCUUUCGCUUACUCUUCGUGGCGUGUUGUCACGAAAGCAUUCUCCCUGUAGUAUUGGCGAAUUGCUUUGAAGAAUUACUUAACCCUUUCACUGCCAAAUUUAGCCGAAAGCAAAUUUCGACCAAAUUUCCACAUUUCAUUUUGUGAAAUUUUGAAAAACAAAUAGCACCAUGUGUGAGUACAGGCAGAGAGCUUUCAUUUGAAUGGUCACAUCAUAGGAUUUUGUCUACAGAAUCAAAAGUUAGAGUCACCUUACAAAACACCAUCAAACACUCUGGCAGUGAAAGGGUUAAUCUUAAGUUACUUUCAAUAACUGACCGCAAAGAUCAAAUAGCAGCACCUAUCAGAUUUCCAAAUUCAUCUUCAACGUACCUCUUAGCCUGCUUUGCAGACGUUAUUCAACCUCGGUUCGUAACCACUGCGACGCAGCGCCGAGAUCCUUGUUCUGGUCCUCCAACGGACUCAAUGAAUUACCGGAAAUACGUUUCGAAUUUCCUUUAUCCUGAUUGGUAAAUCAACAAUGGCUUUUUUUAACAGGCCAAUCAUGGCGCGUACUCAAAUCCUGGUACACAGCUGGGGGGCCCAGAACACAGAUUUCGGCGCUGUUUCGAAGAGCGGCUUAACUAGAGUUUAGCCCGGGGGGUGGGACUCCGCGUAUGAAAGGGGUGGGGAUGCUCGUCGGAAAUUUUGAAUUAAACCCCUAAAGGAGACCGAUGUGGGCGUGGCCCAAGCUUUUUUUGACCCCAAAAGGAGACCAUGUUAAAACACAGACAAAUGAAAAAACUUGGAUUAUAUGAAUGGAGUAAAUAAAACGAAUUGAAAAUAUACAUAUCAAAUACAUAUUUUUAUAUUUUUUCGCGUGCAACCCUAAACGAGACCUUCACGGCUAAAUAUGAUGGCGUUUUGCCCAGAACACCUUAAAUGAGACCAAAAUCCGAAAUUUACACCCCUAAGCGAGACGACGAGCAUCCCGUCCCCUUUCAUAUGCGGAGUCCCCCCCCCUGGAGUUAGUUUCGUCUAAGCGCAGGCUACGUAAUUCUCACCUCAUAAAGAUUUCCGACGAAAAUUAACGAUGGAAAAAAAUAAUAACCUGACAAAAGUUAUAGCAUGUUCUACUUUUGGUACUUCCAUGUAAAUAAACAGAAAACAAGUUACACUUUGCACUCGGCAUAAAUCUAUUCAACAAACAAAACACUUAUUUUUUGUCGCGCUUUUCUCGUUCGCCUGCGCAAGGCACUUUGGGUUGCCAGGUUGUUACAACUCGUAGCUACAUGGGCAUGAUCUUCAACGAAAAUCUUUUUUAAAAUCAUCAGAGCUUUUUCAUUAAGUUCUUUGGCUUGAUUAUAUUUUCCUAGUCUGCUGUACCUUGUUGCCAAGUUGCUGUAACUUGUUGCCACAUCAGCAUGAUCUUCACCAAAAAUCGAUUUGCGAAUCAUCAGUGCUUUUUCGCAAAGUUCUUUGGCUUGAUUGUAUUCUCCCAGGCUUUUCUACACUGUUGCCAAGUUGUUAUAAAUCGUUGCUACAACGGUAUGAUCUUCACUAAAAAUCUUUGCGUAAAUCAUCAGUACCCUUUCGUAAAGUUCUUUGGCUUGAUUGUAUUCUCCCAGACUGUCGUACACUGUUGCCAAGUUGUUAUAAGUCGUUGCUACAACGGCAUUAUCUUCGCUGAAAAUCUUUCUGUAAAUCACCAGUGCUUUUUGGUGAAGUUCUUUGGCUUGAUUGUAUUCUCCCAGGCUGUCGUGGACUGAUGCCAAGUUGUUAUAACUUGUUGCUGUAUCGGCAUGAUCUUCACCGAAAAUCUUUCUGCGAAUCAUCAGUACUUUUUCAUGAAGUUGUUUGGCUUGAUUGUAUUCUCCCAAGCUUUCGUACACUUUUGCCAGGUUGUUAUAACUUGUUCCUACAUAGGCAUGAUCAUCUCCGAAAAUCUUUGUGCAAAUCAUCAGUGCUUUUUCGUGAAGUUCUUUGGCUUGAUUGUAUUCUCCCAGGCUUUUCUACACUGUUGCCAAGUUGUCAUUAGUCGUUGCUAGAACGGUAUCAUCUUCACUUAAAAUCUUUGAGUAAAUCAUCAGUGCCCUUUCGUAAAGUUCUUUGGCUUGAUUGUAUUCUCCCUGGCUGGCGUGCACUGAUGCCAAGUUUUCAUAACUUGUUGCUGUAUCGGCAUGAUCUUCACCGAAAAUCUUUCUGCGAAUCAUCAGUGCCCUUUCGUAAAGUUCUUUGGCUUGAUUGUAUUCUCUCAGGCUGGCGUGCACUGAUGCCAAGUUUUCAUAACUUGUUCCUGUAUCGGCAUGAUCUUCACCGAAAAUCUUUCUGCGAAUCGUCAGUGCUUUUUCAUAAAGUUCUUUGGCUUUAUUAUAUUCUCUUAGCCUGUUGUACACUGUUGCCAAGUUGCUGUAACUUGUUGCUACAUCGGCAUGAUCUUCACCAAAAAUCGAUUUGCGAAUCAUCAGUGUUUUUUCGCAAAGUUCUUUGGCUUGAUUGUAUUCUCCCAGGUUGUUGUGGACUGAUGCCAAGUUGUUAUAACUUGUUGCUGUAUUGGCAUGAUCUUCACCGAAAAUCUUUCUGCGAAUCAUCAGUGCUUUUUCAUGAAGUUGUUUGGCUUGAUCGUAUUCUCCCAGGCUGUCGUACACUGUUGCUAAGUUGUUAUAAGUCGUUGCUACAACAGCAUGAUCUUCGCUGAAAAUCUUUCUGUAAAUCAUCAGUGCUUUUUCGUGAAGUUCUUUGGCUUGAUUGUAUUCUCCCAGGCUUUUGUACACUGUUGCCAAGUUGUUGUAAGUCGUUGCUAAAACGGCAUGAUCUUCGCUGAAAGUCUUUCUGUAAAUCACCAGUGCUUUUUGGUGAAGUUCUUUGGCUUGAUUAUAUUCUCCCAGCCUGUUAUACACCAAUGCCAAGCUGUUAUAACUUGAAGCUACAUAGGCAUUAUCUUCACCGAAAAUCUUUUUGAAAAUCAUCAGUGCUUUUUCAUGAAGUUCUUUGGCUAGAUUAUAUUCUCCUAGCCUGUUGUACACUGUUGCCAAGUUGCUGUAACUUGUGGCUACAUCGGCGUGAUCUUCACCAAAAAUCGAUUUUUGAAUCAUCAAUGCUUUUUCGCAAAGUUCUUUGGCUUGAUUGUAUUCUCCCAGGUUGUCGUAGACUGAGGCCAAGUUGUUAUAACUUGUUGCUGUAUUGGCAUGAUCUUCACCGAAAAUCUUUCUGCGAAUCAUCAGUGCUUUUUCGUGAAGUUGUUUGGCUUGAUUGUAUUCUCCCAGGCUGUCGUACACUGUUGCCAGGUUGUCAUAACUUGUUGCUACGGAGGCAUGAUUAUCUCCGAAAUUCUUUGAGUAAAUCGUCAGUGCUUUUUUGUGAAGUUCUUUGGCUUGAUUGUAUUCUCCUAGCCUGUUGUACACUGUUGCCAAGUUGUUAUAACUCGUUGCAACACUGGGAUGAUCUUCACCGAAAAUCUUUCGGCGAAUCAUCAGUGCUUUUUUGUAAAGUUCUUUGGCUUGAUGGUAUUCUCCCAGGCUGUCGUGCACUGAUGCCAAGUUGUUAUAACUUGUUGCCAUAUCGGCAUGAUCUUCACCAAAAAUCUUUGAGUAAAUCAGCAGUGCUUUUUUGUAAAGUUCUUUGGCUUGAUUGUAUUCUCCCAGGCUGUCGUGCACUGAUGCCAAGUUGUUAUAACUUGCUGCCAUAUCGACAUGAUCUUCACCAAAAAUCGAUUUGCGAAUCAUCAGUGCUUUUUCGAAAAGUUCUUUGGCUUGAUUGUAUUCUCCCAGGCUGUCGUGCACUGAUGCCAAGUUGUUAUAACUUGUUGCCAUAUCGGCAUGAACUUCACCGAAAAUCUUUCUUCGAAUCGUCAGUGCUUUUUCAUGAAAUUCUUUGGCUUGAUUAUAUUCUCCCAGCCUGUUGUAAACAUUUGCCAAGUUGCUGUAACUUGUUGCUACAUUGGCAUGAUCUUCACCAAAAAUCUUUGAGUAAAUCAUCAGUGCUUUUUCGCAAAGUUCUUUGGCUUGAUUGUAUUCUCCCAGGCUGUCGUACACUGUUGCCAAGUUGAUAUAAGUCGUUGCUACAACGGCAUUAUCUUCGCUGAAAAUCUUUCUGUAAAUCAUCAGUGCUUUUUGGUGAAGUUCUUUGGCUUGAUUGUAUUCUCCCAGGCUGUCGUACACUGUUGCCAGGUUGUCAUAACUUUUUGCUACGGAGGCAUGAUUAUCUCCGAAAUUCUUUGAGUAAAUCAUCAGUGCUUUUUCGUGAAGUUCUUUGGCUUGAUUGUAUUCUCCCAGGCUUUGAUACAUUGUUGCCAAGUUGUUAUAACUCGUUGCAACACUGGCAUGAUCCUCACCGAAAAUCUUUCUGCGAAUCAUCAGUGCUUUUUUGUGAAGUUCUUUGGCUCGAUUGUAUUCUCCCAGUUUGUUGUGCACUAAUGCCAAGUUGUCAUAACUUGUUGCUACAGCGGAAUGAACUUCACCGAAAAUCUUUGUGGAAAUUAUCAGUGCUUUUUCGUUAAGUUCUUUGGCUUGAUUGUGUUCUCCCAGUCUCUCGUGCACAAGUGCCAAGCCUGUAUAACUUGUUACGACAGUGGCGUGAUCUUCACCGAAAACCUUUUUGAGAAUCAUCAGUCCUUUUUCGUGAAGUUCUUUGGCUUGAUUAUAUUCUCCCAGGCUGUUAUACACCAAUGCCAAGCUGUCAUAACUUGAAGCUACAUCGGCAUUAUCUUCACCGAAAAUCUUUUUGAAAAUCAUCAGUGCUUUUUCAUGAAGUUCUUUGGCUAGAUUAUAUUCUCCUAGUCUGCUGUACACUGUUGCCAAGUUGCUGUAACUUGUUGCUACAUCGGCGUGAUCUUCACCAAAAAUCGAUUUUUGAAUCGUCAGUGCUUUUUGGCAAAGUUCUUUGGCUUGAUUGUAUUCUCCCAGGCUGUUUUUGACUGAUGCCAAGUUGUUAUAACUUGUUGCCGUAUCGGCGUGAUCUUCACCGAAAAUCUUUCUGCGAAUCAUCAGUGCUUUUUCUUGAAGUUGUUUGGCUUGAUUGUAUUCUCCCAGGCGUUCGUACACUGUACCACCUAUGGCGAAAAUCCUCGCCUUAAUGGACGCACCUGAAAUAGUUUCUUUUAUGUUCUCCAGUAGGUUGCAUGCUAAAUCGACCACAGUUUUUGCAAAGAAAAAGUAAGAAUUUUGUUCACAGACACUUGCGAGAGUACCCAGCCAAUCAGUUACUAUAUCCAAUUCUACGAAGGGCGUGAACCUUUCGAUAAAAGUGCGUUGAUCCGAACUACACCCUGAGGUCAUGUGAUUAAUUAAAGAUUCGCAGUGGGGCCUCAGUUUUUGACGAAAUGCAUAGUUCUCUUCAUUUUCUUCCAGUUGGGACUUGAAAAUCUUUACGGCUUCUGCCAUAUUGUGGUCCCUGUCCCAUGAUUUUAGGUUAAACAUUUCGCCUCGUUUCAAAGCUUCAUAAACAAUUUUAUGCAAGCGCAGGUACGUACAUUGCUUAUUCUCUUUCUCGGAAUGAACAAGAAGUAGAGAAGACCUUACAAUCUUUGCCUUUAUUAACGCCUCUGGCUGGUCCUUUACCUGGACUCUGACGAACUUCGAAACAGUUUCGAGUGGGAGAUCGUCGUGAGCGCAGAGCGAGAGAAAAGAGUAUGUCUGCCAAAGGACCUCGUCAGCGUCAACAGCUCUCUGGACAGCCAUUUCUACAGCGGCCAUUGUUGUUUUAGCAUAGGCUGAACUCUCAUUUGCAAGGACAGUUUCAGUCAUAUUUCGUUGGCCGUAUGUUGAUAUGUCUUGGAGGUAUGCUCCCCAAUUAUAAUUUGAAGACCCACUGUUCACAACAGUUUGCAUGUAAUAGGCAGCAGCAGCCAAGGCCAGUGGCUGAAAAUCAAGAAGUUCAGCGACGUUCUCAGCUUGCUCUUGCUCUGGUAUUUGCGAUACUGUUUCCAGCAAUUCAAUUGCCUCGUCCCUCCUCAUCCCUUUACUUAACGAUUCGUGAUAAGUGUGAGGAGCGUUUUGUGGAAUUGUAGCGCUGUCUUGAGUGGUAAUCAAUACUUGACCAUGGCCCCAUUCCUUACUGCCACUUUCAGGCAGUAAGCCGCGAACUAAGCGUAAGUCAAUCACAUUGUCUGCUAUUAACAACCAUUUUGUAAAAUUGUAAGCCUUUGGGAAAAUUAAGCACUUAAGUUGUUGAAUUGCUUCAAUGGGCUUCUCUCUUUUCAAAGACUCUAAGCUUGUUAAGGCGUAUUCUGUGAUUCCUAGUUGUCUUCCAAGGGUGAUGUAAGAAUUCGCAAGUGUCUCGACGCUUUCUGUGUUUAAUGUCGCCACAAAGAUUAGAUCUUCAUCGUCGUCCCUUCGUUCAGAAAAGAACUGUUGUCCGAUCUCCCUGGCAAGUUGACUCUUACCACAUCCUGGAUUUCCUGACAAAUACACUGUACUAACUGCUCCGUUGGCACCGCUGUAAAGUUCCUCCAUUUUGUUUGUGAUUCUUGCCAUGUCAUGCGAACGCCUGAUGAUAUCGUGUGGUGGGCGCGAUGUAAGAAUGCGAAACGGCUGAAGUUUCGAACUUAUUUCUUGGGUGAGAGCCUUGUUUUCUUCUUUUGCGGAACUCAGAUCAGCUUCUGUACUCUGAAGUCUGCUUUCCUUUAGCUGUAAGUUAGAUUUUGUCUGAUCUAACUCAGCUUGGAGAUCACGAGCUUGCUUCUUAAUCUUCUCCAGUUCCUCCGUUGGAAAGGUCGUCUGCUUCUUGAUCUCCUGGAUCUCGGUUAUAACAAGACCGAGGGAUGUAAAAGCGUUCAACACCCUAUCUACAGAACUUUGGUAGUCGGCUUCUACCACGUUAGCCUUAGUGAUAUGAGCGAUCUCGUUUCGCACCUGACGAAUAUCAUCGACAUCAUUAUAGACAGCUGGACUUAAGGUGGUACCAAUGCUGUCUGAGUACAGGAUAGCAAAAAACAAACAGGUGCAGUCCCACUCUGCCGUGUCACCAUUCUGGAUUGUGGCUAGGCAACGGCCAUUCUUCUUGUGACUUGCUUUAGAUUCGUUGUUAUAGAAAUCACGACCAUUCUGUGGCGUGUCUUUCCAUUCUCCAAGUAGAGUUGUCUUGUAACGAAAAUCCCAUUCGUUUUUGAAAAUUUGCCGCAAUCCUACUGGGACCAGAUUAAAUGCGACGUAGCAGAGCCUGAAGUAAUUAAGCUGCUCCUGCGAAUAUUCCAUCACCAACCUAUAAUCCCGAAAGAGAUACUCCUUUUAAGCUUCUUUUAAAUAGACCUUGUCACGGUUUUCGAUGCCAUCUUGACGGGUGGGCAAACGCGUGAGAAAUUACAGUGUUUGUAUGAGAAUCUAAGGUCGAAUAAUUUCCGCAUAACGGCUUUUCUGAAAAAAAUAUAAAUUGUAAACUAAAGCUACAAAGCAAAGGAUUUUACUAAAAAAAAUUUGGGGGCGUAUCUGUGCUUAAAGUUCUCCCGAAGCUUUCUUUAGAUUUUCCAUAUAUUUGUCUGUAAUUUUUCCCGGGACUUUUUUUACAGACAAAUGUACAGAAAGUUUAAAAAAGUGGCUCUAGGUCUUCUAGCGCAUGAAACGCCCGAACUUUUUUCAGUAGAAUCCUUAGGAGUGAAGCUUUAGUUUACAGUUCAUAUUUUUUUCAGAACAGCCGUUAUACGGAAAUUAUUCCACAUUAGAUUCUCAUACAAACACUGUAAUUUCUCACGUGUUUGCCUACUCGUCAAGAUGGCGUCAAGAACCGUGACAAGAUCUAUUGCAAAAAAUUGUCCUUUUUGGACAAAUAAAACUUAUCAACGUAUUACAUUCACCAUUUUCACAUUACCCAUAAUACACCUUGUUUACCCCCUAUAAAUUUUGCAGAAGAAUUGUCUCACAAUUUCCUUGGGAUGAUUGUAAUGCGCAGGAGAAACUGGAAACAAUGGUUGUGCAAAAUUUUGUUUGGGGAGGGGUGCGUACCAUUUACACAAACCACCCUGGUGGGCUGGGUAUACUAUGGGCAAUGUGAAAAUGGCGAACUGAAAUCUCGAGAAUCGGCGCAGAUGGACACAGGAACCCCACAUAAGUUGAAAGAUUAUUUUGAAAAUGAUAAUGACUACUUUAUAAACGCUUUCUAUAAGAGAUGGCAGACAAGUAGGUAGUUUUUUCACGCCACUCGGGUAGGCAUACUAAGACUUCACACAAACAACUCCACGACAGCGGGUAACAUAAUGCUCUUGCGCUCUGCUUCCAAUGCCUCGGAAAACAUGGCGGCUUCGGGCUGGCUCGCUUCAUGUGAUACUGGGACAAAAGUCACCUUGGGAAAGAGAGCUAUCCGGCUCAUAAUCUGUGUAGUAGGAAUGCUAUUUGUUGUCUCCCUUUUUAAAACCAGCGAAUAGAGACCAAAAAUCUUGUAUGUAAAUUAAUGUCGUGCAAUAAUAACAAGUUUGAGUGUUAUAAGAAUAAAAAGCACAAGGGGAUACAACCCUCCACACGACGUGCGGUCUUCUCGAUGCAAACCCUUGCUUAAGAGAUAUUCGAGAUUCUCGUCUCCAGGGUUCUUAUUUAUUACCAGCUUUUCUGGACACAGGCCUGCCCAGAGGGAAUAUGCACGAACGGGACUCAGGUCCUAUGCGAGGUGCCAUCCCUACCCAAUCCCACAACCCGUAAAGGUUGGCCACACCUCCGGGGUCUACGACGCCUACUCUUUUCGAAUAGUGAUGUGGGGUCUUUUACGUCCCACAAGAACAAAUCAGUGAAAGUGCUGUGAGACGGGACUUCCGGUUUUUCUUCCUUAUCCGAGAAGAUUAGAAAGUCUAACCAUUUGCAGAUGUCAUUACAAAGGCAGCAAUUUCUUCUCAGUUAUUUAAAGACCCUGAGUGUUAGUCCGGUCGGGAUUUGAACCCUCGACCUCCUGCUCGGCAGACCGGCCCUCUCCCAACUGAGCUAACCAGGCGGCUUCUCUGUGCGCGGACAAAAAGACGAAGGAUCUGGGUUCUAGAGUGGGAACCACUUUACGGCUUUUUAAGAAAGUUUCUUUUAGGUCAAAUUUACAAAGAGAAAUUUAGUUGUUGGUGUCUGUUAGAGUUUAAAAGUUUAUUUUCUUAAGCUAAAAGCAGGUAAAAUCUUAUCAUCAUAGAAAUUUUGGCUUGAGUGGCGUACGAUGGCCAGGUUGCAUAAAGCCUUCUUAAGAUAAGAGGGCUCUUAACUUUUGUUCUGAAACAAUAACCUAUUGUUUUGAAAUAAUAGUGACGAGUUCCCUUAAUCUUAAGAUUUUUUAUGCAACCCGACCCAGGCCAACAAAACGCGAGAUAAGUUUUAAUGACAAGGAUUGGGACUUUUCCCUUAAAUUGACGUCACAGAGAGUGACGAUAUCGCGGCAAUAUAGCAUCGACAACGGACUCUUUAAACGGGGACGGGGGUAUUGUAUUUUGUGGCUUUGUGCAACGGCAAACACUCAUUCAGGCAAAGAUUUUUAAUUUCAAACGUUUAUUCAGUGCCGUUUAAAUACUUUUUAUCCUCGAUAUUCUUAUUUUCGUCUUAUUCCGAAUGCACAAUUUCUCAACAGAGCGACGCGCCGCGUUCGGUGAUAAGGUGAAGCCCCCAUGGAUGAACAUUAGAAUUGUGAAGGCAAGUUGAAAAUGCCUGUUAUGUAAGGUCGAAAAUGAAAUUUUGAGGACGCAAGCACACGCGUGUUCCCCUAGCGCGGUUCGUAAAGACUGACCAGAUAAACUAACUGGCGCCCACCGCUUAGGUUACGAUUGUCUAGAUUUUGGACGGUAAAUGCUCCACUGCGUACAACGUAUUUCAAUGGGAUGGCUACGAUCGCCAUUCCACAUAUUUUUAGCCAAGAAGCAACCAUUUCACAGAGACAAUUAUGUGUUACAUGCAGAAGCACAAGCAAGUGAGCUAACAAAUGUUAUUUGCUUUUCUGUACCCAUCAGUUAUUGUUUAGCUUUUUAGUUGAAAGAUACUCUUUUCACUGCCGCAUAUAUAGCUGAAAUAUAAAUGGCCAAGAUAGGUAAUUACAAUUGCAUUCAAUCGCACACAGAAACAUGCACACUGUCAUUACGAUCGAGGGGAUUUUACUAGAAUCCUCCUAUACAAAACCCUUAUUGAGCAAACCUACGACAAAAAAAAAUUAAUUCACCUGUUUCGUUAGACGCAAACGCACUUACCUUGUCUAAAUGAAUCCGCAAAAAGUCGAUUUGAUAAAACCAGAGGUAGCAUAAAGGAAGAGAACUGCUCGAAGCUAGUCAAAACGAAGUGAUCAUCACAUGACUGAUGUGUCAUGACGUAAUGUCCUUUAAAUAGUGACGCUAUCUUUUAUGCACCGUAAGUCCUCGAAAAGCCCCCGGGUUUUAUUUAUUUCAAAUACAUUUGAAGGGGGGGGGGGAGGGGCUUAAUAGAGACAGGGGGAUUAUCAGAGAGGGGGCCUUAUUUAAUUUAGCAGAGACUAUGGUAUCAGUUCUCCAUAAAGAAAUAGAAUACAAAGUGGAAAAGCUCAAGUACAAGAAGGUUGGAGGUCAUGCAGCCGAGGAUAAAAAAACAAAUCUUAACUUUCAGUUGGUGAAUAAACCAUCCCAGAUCAGUCCACACUAAGUUUUACAGUCGUGAUUAAUAAAUAAAUCUAUCAUUUAUUAGUGAAGAAUAAUAAGGGGAAGGGGAAGGCGGGGGAGGGAACUUAUUAACUUUCUUCUCCUGGGACAGGCUCCUGGUGUUCAGGGUAGUCACGAUAUCCGCGCGGGUCACUAUAAAGACUAGACACGAAGCCGGAAACGAGGCGUAAAUAUUCAUGCGGACAUCCAGGGUAUUUAGUGAAAGAACUUAAAAGUGAGUUUUUUUUUUUAAGAAAUUUAUCUUCACUCUUUGCCCUCCGAGCAACUGAAACCUUUUCUUUAUUCUUGUAGAUGUCGAAAGUUAUUUCCUCGGCUUCUGUGUCAUGUGACCAAACACUGCAAACCAUGAAGGAAUGUUGGGAUGAGAACCAGUACCUGCUCUGCCCGCACACAGCUGUUGCUGUUGCAGUGGCCUGGGACCAAAGGUAAAAGAAACUUGGGACUUUCUCAAUAUCUGCAAACGCAUUUUUACGGUAAAUUAUUGACUCUAGAGUGGUGGUCACCUUAUAGAGAACUACCUAUCGUCAGCGUCUGUUUCAUGUCGUCGGUGGGCCACUCAACAGAUUAAGGGGGCUAGCUUCAAGGGAAACUGUGGCGUUGAUUCGGUUGUGGGGGUGAUUGACAAAACUUUGGUUAAACUGAGUCGAUAAAAGGUAGUUUUAGUAAAGGCAACGUAACGUCAAAUGAGAAAGCAAAAGCGCGGCCAAAUAACUUAAUUUCAGGUUACUGCUCUGCCACAGCUCUUCUCGAAGUUGCCUCAAGCCUUUGUUUUAAAUAGAGGGUGAGUGCAAAGUCUCAUUUUCACAAGAAAGGCUUUACACAGGGCCUCGUUUUGAAACCGAGGGUUUUGGAACUCGGAAAUAAACUUUUGGUCAAACCGGUUUUUAGAUCUGUGCGCGCAGUCGUCACUGAUGUCGCGCUCGUCGCGCUGUCUUUGCAAAAUCUUCCGAAAGUCAUUUUUCCAGCAUUGCUGACGUUUCGAAUUUCAGCCUUUCAUUAGGCGCAGUUUCCCUCGAAACGGGACUUUAUUGAAGCGUACAUUGGGCUUCUUGUAAUGAGCUACAGUCGCUUGCAGAGACAUGACAAUGGCGUCACCGUUACGGUUAAAAUUAUGAUGAAUAAACUUCGCAUUACGAAAUCUGAAUUCUCUGUUUUGUUGAGUACAUCACGCAAUUAGAACGUAACGAGAUUGCAUCUGAAUGGAUAACGGGCAACAGGUUCUAUUAGGUACUGCACUGAACAAAUAGAAACAAUCAAAAGAAUCGUAAUUUCCAUAUUAAGAGGUAUAACAGUUGGUUAGUUACUUGUUUGUCUUCUUUUUCGGCUGUUUUUCGCUUGGUGUGAAUCAACUUAACGACCUUUGCGCUUUUUUUAGCCUGCCGUCGUCAUUCAGCGGUACUUGGCGCAGGCGCGUUAAAUUCCCAUCCCGCGGGUUGUGGCCAAAUAACAAAUAACGCUUUGUUUUAUUCUCAGGCAUCUCUCUGAGCUCAAGACACCCACCGUUUGCAUGGCAACGGCCAGUCCUGCCAAGUUCCCUGAGGCAGUGAAGGCUGCCGGUAUAGAAAUGCCAAUGAGUCCUCAGCUGGCUCAGUUGCUUACCAGGUCCACCCGGUGUAAAGAAAUGAAAGCAGGGGAGGACUGGGACCAGAUGUUGAGGGCCACAAUCGAUGAGAUUUCCAAGAAACGUUCCAAACCUUUAAAAUUUUCUUCUGCAUAA